AUGAAUGAAGGACUCGAUUUGCACCUCGUGGACGAGGAGGUGGAACAUAUUGGCUACAUUAACACAGAUGAGGAAAUAAAUAAAAAAAUGAUAAUCUAUCUGAACAUGUGCUUAAAAUACAUAGAUGAGAAAAAACUAAAAAGUUGUGAAGAAUUUAUUAGCGGUCUUUUGCCAUCGCUUAAGGAUAACCCUUUUGAAUAUAUCAUUUUUAUAACUAUAAAGAUUUAUUGUAAUUUAAGACUACACAGUUAUCGAUUUGUUUCUAAUGAUCUUAGUUCUUUAGGCAACUUAGAUGCAGAUAAUUACCAAUUUGAACAGUUCGAAAGCAAAUACAAAAAGAAAAAGGGUUCUAUGAUUCCAUUUUUACUCAGACUCAUUAACUGCUACUAUCCAUAUACUCUAAAUUUAUACUUCACAUCUUUCGACAGACUCUACCUUUUGAUAUUGCACUAUGAGAAUUUACUCAAUGAGUGUUCUAUCACCAUUCCUCCUGUAACACAUGGAAAAAAUGUAAACAAUUGUGUAGUUGAAAAUGGAAUUACGAACAAUGAUAUACAUACAAAAAAUGAGGUCACUGAUUUUACUAACCUUAACAAAAAGCAGAAGGUCAUCUUAAAAAAUAUAAUAAUCACAUGUUAUGUGUUAUGUGAUCUCCUGUUGAAAAAGAAUUACAUAGAUCAAGGUAUCCAAUUGUUGAGGAAUAAAAUAUUACGAUAUAAUCCAAGACAUAUUUCUACCAUAUCUUUAAUUGGUAAAUUGUCUUUACUUAUGGGAGCCUUAGAAGAUGCAGAAUCAUCCUUCAGCUUAGUAGAAAAACUUCUACAAAUAGAUAUAAAAUCUGAUGACAAUUAUUUAGAGAAAUUAACAGAUGCACAUAUACAUACUAAUAGGGCAUUCCUAAACAUGUACCUUGAGGACUAUCCAACUGCAUUAAAUGAAAUUCUAAAAAUCCAUUUCAAUAUCGAAGAGAAGGUAGAAGAAGAAAAAAAAAAAAACAGUAAUGUUAUGGAAAAUUAUUACGCAGUUUAUAGUAACAAUCUAGCAGUGUCAUAUUUUUUUAAUCAUGAUGUGAAAAAAUCAAUUCAUAUUAUGGAAAAAACUUUGGAAAACAACUACAUAAAUUCCUAUCCUGCUCUGGUUAAAAAUUUGAACCGUGUGUAUGAAUUCACAAAAACAAAGGCAGAAACAGUAAACCAAAUAUACAACUUCAUUCGACACAAUUUAAAUGAAGAUCAAGAAAUUCUUGCCAUAAUUCCACGCAAAGGGUAG